AGGAGGCUUAUUCAGUAUGCAGAUUAAGUCCCUUUGCCAUGGGGCUCUUCUGGGCUUCUUUGUGUGCUGCUUGUUUGCUGUCAGCUGCUAUGGCGAGGCCAGUACUUCAGGGCUCACUGUAAACAAUGAUGGAAAGCCUCAAGAAGAGAAAUAUUAUUUCAAGAAACCUUUUCCACAUGCCCCAUACUAUCAGGAGCCAUUUCCACUCUUUAAGAAACCAUUUCCACCAUUUAAGAAGCCUCAUUCACCACACAUGUCAAUUUUCAAGAAACCACUUCCACAUAAGCAUCAUUUUUUCAAGAAACCACUUCCACAUAAGCAUCAUAUUUUCAAGAAACCACUUCCACAUAAGCAUCAUAUUUUCAAGAAACAACUUCCACAUAAGCAUCAUAUUUUCAAGAAACCACUUCCACAUAAGCAUCAUAUUUUCAAGAAGAAACCUCUUCCACAUAAGCAUCAUAUUUUCAAAAAACCACUUCCACAUAAGCAUCAUAUUUUCAAGAAACCACUUCCACAUAAGCAUCAUAUUUUCAAGAAACCACUUCCACACAAGCACAAGCAUCAUAUUCUCAAGAAACACCUUCCACAUAAGCAUCAUAUCUUCAAGAAACCACAUCCACACAAGCACCAUAUUCUCAAGAAACCACUUCCACCAAAAGUUCUAAUGGUCAAGAAGGCUUCAGAUGUACCAAUUUCAAUCUUCAAGAAAUCACUUCCACCACAUAUUCCAGUUUUUGAGAAACCAAUUCACCCAAAAGUUCCAGAUUUGAAGAGACCAUUUCUUCCACCAAUUACAGAGCCACUUCUGCCCUCACUUCCAGUUCGCAAAACAAUAAUCAAACUCAUUCCUUAGGAAAAGGGAUUGCUUUAGUACUACUACUGCA